GGUCGAUGAAAGAAACCGACCGGAGGCUGCCUCUGCCGUGUGGUGGUAGGCUGUGGGAGACGAGCGCCAGCAGCCACCCUGCCUUCUCCGGUCAAGACUGAGCCCGUGAGGCGGACAGUCACGGAUAGAGCCGCCACCGCCGCCGCCUUCCAAGGGGCUGACAAUGAAAGUGAAAGGCAGGAGCCGCGGAAGGGGAGGUGGAGGCGGCGGCUGCUGCCCCGGGGGUUGCGCCUGCCGCCGCCCCCACCGUGCUGAGUGAUCCCGACCCGGUUCUCUCAAAAGGAGCGUUCCCGAAGAAGAAAGCUGCCGCCUUUGCUUCUUCUGCCUCCUCGGAACAUUGGCCGUGUUUUUCCUCGCAGGGAGCCGCGAAGAGGGUGCGUGUGUGAACGCUGGCUCGCCGCCUUUCUCUCGCCUGCAGCUGCUUUUCGAGUGUGGCCGCGUGGAUCCUGGACGGCGACGGGAGAGGCUCCUGGGGGUGGUCCCGCGACGGCCGCCUUGAUUCAGGUGGCUUCUCCGCACACCUCCUCUCUUCCCUUGGCGUUGUGAGUGGGGGAGAAGGUGGCUGCUUCUGUUCCGGCUGGUUGCAGGGAAUAAGCCCAGAUUAAAGUAGAAGCAGAAAGCCAACACUCCUUGCCGUUUUCUUCGACGGUUCCUGUUGCUGCUGCUGCUCCUUUCUCCUGGAAGUCGGGGCUAGGAUUGCGGUGGUGUAACGCAAUUUGGGGUCUCCGGUGGCUUGAAGGAGAAAAGUGGAGAAUACCAGCCAGUACCUCUUAAAACUGGAAGUUAUUUUCACCUGACAAGGCUGAAUCGGUAAUAAAGUGGCUGAGGAGGGCUGUAUUUUGCUUUGGUUUUUGAACCCCCCCUCCUUUGAAAUUGGCAUAUUUUUAUAGUAGUAUAUUUAAAAAAAUGAAGACUGGCUUGAAACUUGCUAUGUCUUGCACCUUUUUCCAGGGAUGGCACUGACCACAUUUUUAUUUUGCCUUUUAUAAUGACAAAAAAUAGGAACUAAUCUCUUGCCAUUGGAAGGAAGAAGAAAAAGACCACAGUGGGAGAAAAUUGGAUGUUAUAGUUUGUUUUUCAGUUGUUGCACUUAGAGUUGAUUUUUGUUCAGAACAAUUCAUACAAAUUCUACUUUUAAGAAUUUUUUUAGAAAUCUUUGUGAGGAGGAUUUUGAUUAGAGACUGCUUGUCUCAAAACUUGAUCCAAGUACUUUAAAAGUGGAACAGUAAAACUGAGCAGUUUCUUAAAACAAAAGGCAGAAUGCCUUAAAAUCAUAAAGUUCUAUGUUUAAUUGACAACUGUUUUAUAUCUAAGCCUUUUUCAUUCCUAUUUUAUUCUAUGAUUAUGCACUUUCAACUUUGGUUUUUAUUUCAUUGUGAAGAAGGGAAAAAUUACUGUGCUUAUAUUUCAUAAAUGACAGCUUUGAGAUCUGUAACAGAGAAUUGGGAAUUUAAAAAUGCCAUGAUGAACUUGUUUUAAUAAAACACCCAACAGUGUAUACAGAAGUUUUAGGCAAGAGUUGCUGGAGGGGUUCCUCCUUAUUCUCCAUUAAUGAGUCCUGGUGGUGGUGUUGGAGGACCCAUGAAAGACUGUGAAUACAGUCAGAUCAGCACUCAUAGCUCCUCUUCUCCCAUGGAGUCUCCCCAUAUGAAGAAAAGCAUUUCCAAGAGAAAAUGGGAGGUUUUCCCUGGAAGAAACAAAUUUUUUUGCAAUGGAAGGAUCAUGAUGGCUCGUCAGACUGGAGUCUUCUACUUGACAUUUGUUCUUAUUUUGGUUACCAGUGGACUCUUUUUUGCAUUUGAUUGUCCGUAUUUAUCUGAGAAGAUUACACCUGCAAUUCCUGUAGUUGGAGCCAUUCUGUUCUUUUUUGUUAUGGGGACCUUGCUACGUACUAGUUUCAGUGAUCCUGGAGUCCUGCCUCGUGCAACACCAGAAGAAGCAGCAGAUCUAGAAAGGCAAAUAGACAUUGCAAAUGGCUCUAGUACAGGAGGAUACCGUCCCCCUCCCAGAACAAAAGAAAUAAUCAUUAAUGGUCAGGCAGUGAAAUUAAAAUACUGUUUCACCUGCAAGAUUUUCCGUCCACCCCGUGCCUCACAUUGCAGCCUUUGUGAUAACUGUGUAGAACGGUUUGAUCAUCAUUGUCCCUGGGUAGGCAACUGUGUGGGGAAAAGAAACUACAGAUUUUUUUAUAUGUUUAUUUUAUCUCUGUCAUUUCUGACAGUUUUUAUAUUUGCAUUUGUUAUUACCCACAUCAUCCAUCGAGCUCAGAAAACAGGAUUUUUAACUGCACUUAAAGACAGUCCUGCAAGUGUCUUAGAAGCUGUGGUGUGUUUCUUCUCCGUUUGGUCCAUUGUUGGGCUCUCAGGUUUUCAUACUUAUUUGAUCAGCUCCAAUCAAACAACCAAUGAGGAUAUCAAGGGAUCUUGGUCAAAUAAAAGAGGCAAAGAAAACUUCAAUCCUUACAGCUAUGGCAACAUUUGUGCUAAUUGCUGCUCAGCACUUUGUGGGCCCCUUUCUCCUAGUUUAAUUGACCGAAGAGGAUUUAUCCAACCAGAUACCCCUCAGCCAGCAACUUCCUCAAAUGGCAUUACAAUGUAUGGGGCUACACAGUCUCAGAGUAAUAUGGCCGCUGCCACCCCACUCCUCCAGAGUGAGCCCAGCCUAAGUAGUGAAGAGCUGCCUUUACCAGGAAAAAAUACUCUUGGUGCUCCCUGUGCUAUGGUGACACUAGGACAACCAACACCACCUUCUUCCAUCCCAAAUCUCACAUCAGAAACAAGCUUGUCAGAAAUGAUACCAUUGCAAGAGGACCCUGAAAAUCAUCCGUUUCUUACUCCUGAAGAAGCUCCACCUGGGAUGUUACCGCUUGGAUACGUCCUGACCCACAGCCGCACCAUGCACAGCCUCAGCCUGGUUAGCCAGGAUUCACUGCAUGAAGACUCAGUGCGUGGCCUUGUUAAACUCAGCUCAGUCUAAACAAUAUAGAACAUGACCGCAAUUAAACAGAGCUUAUUUAACUCCAAGAGCAAUUAGCCUUUGACUCUGACAUAUAUGUCACUGAAAAUUAUUGUGUAAAGAAACCUAAUGAAAGGACAAAUUAUUUUUGUGCCGUGAAGUUAACAAUUAGAUUUGUGUUAUAGCCAAUUUAUUGGUGGCUUGGGUUUGAUGGUUACAUUGUUAAAUAACCAAUUUAGUUAAAAUUUGUUCAGUGAUUUAUAAUGUCCAGCAGUUUGGAAUCCUGGUACUGCAAAGUUGGUUAUUAUAGUGCUUAAAAUAUGAAUGGAUAUAAGCAUCAUAUUCCAUGUUUUAUGAAGUUCCUUGUUGUAAUAUCUCCUUUGUAGCCAGACAUUACUGUGCUACUCAUAUUUGAAACAAGAUUACCAUUGGAUAAAUGCAAAAUCAAUAGGGGUUGCAAUUGUGGAUUUGCAUGCCACAUUACAGUGGGUGUUACAGUAGUGUUGGUUUUUGAAAGACAGUGCUGCUUUACUAUUUGUGAGUACCAAAGUGCUGUUCAUUGUAAAAGACAGUACAACUAUUAACUUUUUUUCACUCUAUCAAUUAUAAAUAAAUGAACUGGCAGUGCUCAGUUUUGGAGGAUUACCUGUUUUUGCAUAUUUAGUUUUUAGUGUGAAAUAACAUACUGUGUUGUGCCAUAACAUGGAUUUAUCCCCACCUGUAAUCACAUGAGAUGUAGAUAUUCAGUAAGAUGGCAUUCUUUUAUUUUUGAAUAUGUAUACGUUUCUCUCUAUACAAAGCUGGUGCAAAACAGCAUAUUACAAUACAACAAAUUACUUUUUUCCUAAGAUUAUAUCAUUAAGCAGCCAAAGGAACUUCCAAGACCCAAUUACAGAUUGUCUUGAGUAUUUAUACAGUUUUACAUAUAACCUACUUAAUGAUGCUAUAUGCUGAUAAUUGGUCUGCCUGUUAAAAAUUACUUGAUGUUAGAGGAUUGGAUUGAGAAAACUUCAAUUUUCAAAAGGAUUUUGUUUCAGCAGAGGCUUCCAUACAAAGAUUGCCUCCUACAUUAUUUUUAAAAAUGUUCACACAGGAACCGUCUAGAACAGCGUGGUGGUGAUGUGAAGGUACUGGGCAAGAAAAAGAACUAGUGGAAAGGUGUGGGGGGCUUUCUUCCUUUUAAUGAUUUUGGGAGCCAUCACUGCUCCCUGAGGAAUUUCAUUUAUUUGUUUAUUUGUUUGAGGCUCAUAGUUAAAAUCAUUGGAGGAAUAUUUCACUAGAAAGCUUGAAAGGACACUCAUAUUCUUAACUUCGUUGCUAGAACAAGAGUCACUGCGAAGUCCCCCAACUGCUCGUAAUCAAUAACUAUCAUUCAGCCAUCAUUAUUAACAAAAAUGUGUCAGUUUAAAUUUGUGAUUGAUACUUGAUUCUAAGAAAUUUCUUAUGGCUUAAAGAAAAGACAUUCCCUCAGGGAUAACAAACAUAAUAAGAACUUAAAUGUUGUAAGCCAUUGCAUUUUGUCUUAGUUUUAAGAUGCUAGGACCUGCAAUACUCUUUUCUCAGGACAAAGUUUAGUGCAGAGUUAUUUUUGUGGCCGUGUAUGUGUUUGUAUAUCCACAUACACGCUAAGCAUAACUGCAGGCAAGUACACUUAAAAAAAAAUUGUGAAGAAACAAAUACAUUGCAUCUCGAAGACACUGACAAUAUAUCUUUAGAAGGAAAAAAGCACAAUAUUUUAAUUGGAUUAAGGCCAUCUUUGUUAUUAUAGAAAUGCCAGAUGACCUAACGGGGAAGAAGAAAACCCUUACACUGUGUAUAAUUUUGUAAUUUUUUUCUGAGUAGUGAUAAGCGAUUUUCCUUUUGUUUCCAUGUAUAGAAAAUAAUCUUAAUAAGCAGAGCUGUCUUUUUCCCUUUUACAGAAAACACUUCAUGGUGUGCAGUUAUUUGACUGUGAACCAUAAAUGUUUACAGCUUUCAUGCAAAGAAAUACUGUCUGUUUUUCUGCCUGACCUCACAGGAUUUAUUUAAAAUCCUGCAUGUGUGACUUUAGCGCAUGCACAUUCCAAAGGAAAAAAAACAACUUGGUGAGUUGUAUUCUCUUCUCGUAGUAAAGUUGAUUACUGCAUGGACAGGUGUUACUAGCAACAAAUAGCUGUUAAUUCCAUAUAAUUACAGGGAGUGGCUGAUUUGGAGAAGAUUUAGUGAGUUGACACAAGGAAGCCAACUUCCUCAGAAAGCCCAUGUAAUUGUUUACCAUUUCCAUACAACAAACACCUCGCAAUCCCCAAACUGGCUUGGUGAGUUCAUGAUAGGUAGUGCGGGAUGAUAUAUCAUGGGAAUUUUUAAACACAGACUGAGUUAUUGUUAUUUUUAUCCCAAUCAUUAUGAAUUGGCUACAUUUUUAGUAAGGAAAAUCAAGACAGAAGAAAUAACUUUUGCCUCAUUACAUUAAAAUAGGAUUUUAAUUCUUUAAAAUCCAUUCUUUAAAAUAAAAUUACAUAGUUAUUGCCUAGGUAAUAAUGAUGUAAUUUAUUUUUAAGAGACAUAGAUUGGUUAGAGCAGUGUAUCCAUUUAACAAGCUUAGUAUUUUACUAAUUCAAUUGACACCAGAAGAUAGAGCAUCCAUUUCCUGUAGUGUAAAAAAUCAACAAUGUUAAAUAUUUUACCCUGCCAUUAUUGCUUCACAGCUGUGAAGCUCACAUAAAGGAAUAGAAGUAUUUUAAACAUGUAUUGGCUCACAUUUCCAUAGCUCAUUUUAUUUUGCUAGCAUUUUUUUUUGAAUAUCUUUGCCAUUAGGAAAUUGCAGUGUCAUGCAUGGUACCAGAUCCAUUUGGGUUUGUUUAAUUUCUUUCUGUCUGGCAGGAUAGAAGGUUAUCCUGUUGUUGUUCCUAAGUGCACCUCUCAUUUAAAGCUUCCAAGUGCUGCACUGCAACAUGGAAUAUCUUCUUUGGCUUACCUGAUGUUUGAGGGAAGCUUAUGUGCAGAAAAGUACUGUGAAUACCUAUUUUAGAACAAAUUAUUUUUGUUUGCAUUGAUGUUUAGUAUUUUUUGCUGUUUAUACUGUUUCUGACUUUAUGUUGAAGAAUAAAAAUACUGCCUUUU